AUGUUCAACAAGAGAGGCAGACAUGUUUCGACUUCUCUUGACCAAGACAAACCAUAUGACGCAGAUGAACUUUCGGACUUGGUGCUUCACAGCGAAGAAACGAACACACCUGGCCGUAAAAUGACGCCGCAUCAGUUGAUGGAAGUUCAUUCGAACAUGAGUCAGAUUGAGGUCCUGGAUUUGACUGCAGGCGAGGAGACUUCGUUUACAUCGUCGCAGGAAACGGAUGAGGAGCAUCAGCCAGCAACGAUACCUUGCAAUAGUCCUCAGAGAACUUCGCAAUGCGAACCUCAGGUGAACAGCGAGUUUAACGAGGCCGCUGAGAACAGUUGUAUGGCGACCAACAUCUCUGAUGUUGGGAUCAUGCAGCCUACGCCGAAAAAGAUUUCAUCUUCAACGAACCUCCAGCCUCGUUGUCUCGCGGAGCGAUUGCGAUGUCCGGAUUGUAUCAUCAUACCCCAAGUGCUCGGGAAAGAAGCACUUUCAAAUCCCUCCAUCAUUGACCAGUUUAUCGCCACACCAGCGCUCAGAGCCAUGCUUGAGCUUGAAUCUCACCCUGAAGAGGUGCUGUGGGCGUCGUUUCUCAAAAACAACAUCUUUGCUCUAGACAGCACGGCCGCGUGCGACAACAUGCAAGUGUGGCUCGACGCAAACCCUUCGCGCUACAAACACGUAACGUCCCUCGUCUUCCAUGACUUCCUAAGCCACCCAAAGGUAUUGCAGACCCGUGCGUAUCCCCACGUGUGGAGCGUGUACCGGCCCAUACGGCUCAUGGCCAAGUGUCCUAACCUCUCCCGUGUCGAGUUACAUACAGACAUACGAUCGCUGCCAGGCUUCCGAGAGGACAGCUAUCUGUGUAAGCUGGACACAUACAAGUUAGCAGACUCGUUAAAUCGCAGACACCGUAUCGGUGAUUUGUUGGGCAAGACGAGCAAGACGUUUAAGGAAAUCACAAUGACGAUAGGAAUCGAGCCUGAUACGUCUAAAGCUAUCGAAGAGGCGUCGCUCGAACCGUGGAGGCGUGACCUUGAGAGUUGUGUUGCCCGUGCUGCGCUAGCGGCUGGCAGAACCAAGGCGGAGCUCACACAGGUGAAAUUUUCUUGCUUGUUCUACAUAUACGGGCAGGAUGGAUACUUUUGA